GGUGGUGUUGUACAUAGACGAUCUCUGUGAGUGUAUGGGCGUGAGGUGGGGCACCUUCACUCUGCUUAAACUUGGUGGAAGUUUUGUCUUAACAGCAACAGUCUGAGUUCAAACACAGUUGCGGCUAGCGCUCAGCCAACGACUGACGGCCGCAGUGGCAAAUCAGAGCGAGGCCCGUUAAUUCUUCUGGCCAAUCACAGAGAGGAAAAGUGGAGAAGGCAGGAACUGUGGGGAGUGUCGAUAGCUUUUGGGAGAGUUGACAGCUGUGGACAAAAAGAUAUUGACACAGCAAACUGUCUACAGUAGGUUUUACUGUAACUCUUGUCAUUGGUGGUCAAAGCUGACAGAACUGAGCUGUGAGCUUGUGGACUGAGGUAGACUGGGGUGAUGGCGUCAGGGAAGAACAAGAACCAGACGUCUCUGGUUCUUCAUAAAGUGAUCAUGGUAGGCAGCGGCGGCGUUGGGAAGUCAGCGCUCACGCUGCAGUUCAUGUAUGACGAGUUUGUUGAGGAUUAUGAACCCACUAAGGCUGAUAGCUACAGGAAGAAGGUGGUGCUGGAUGGAGAAGAUGUCCAGAUUGACAUCCUAGACACAGCAGGUCAGGAAGACUAUGCUGCUAUUAGGGACAACUACUUCCGCAGUGGAGAGGGUUUCUUGUUGGUCUUCUCCAUUACUGAACAUGAGUCCUUCACUGCCACAUCAGAGUUCAGGGAGCAGAUCCUGAGGGUUAAGGAGGAGGAGUUGAUCCCUCUGCUCCUUGUUGGGAACAAGUCAGACCUGGAGGAAAGACGGCAGGUUUCUGCAGACGAGGCCACUUCCAAAGCCAAUGAGUGGGGAGUCCAGUACGUGGAAACAUCAGCCAAGACCAGAGCCAAUGUAGACAAGGUCUUCUUCGACCUCAUGAGGGAAGUCCGUAAGAAGAAAAUGUCAGAAAGUAAAGACAAGAACGGCCCUAGUGGAAAGAAGAAGAAGAAACGCUGUUGUAUACUGUGACUUAGACUUGACACAACUGCAAAACAACAACUUCAACAACAACAGCAACAACAGUUUGAAUAAUUAUAGUUGUAAUAACAAUAAUAAUAAUAAAAAGAGGCAGGCUUACAGGAGAACUCUGGAAACAGAGGAUGUCACUUCAAUGUCACUUUAAUUUGAAAAUCCCUUCAAAAUGUCAGGAACUGCAGCCGCACAUUUGUAAAUAUUUCCUUCCACAUUCACUGUUGGAGAGUAGGAGUUUUCUUCACUGUUGUUGUUCUUGUUGUUGAUGUUUUCUUUAUUUAAAGACAAAAAUUAGGUUUAUUUAAAAAGAACCAAAUAUAGACAUUAAGAAACUACAGACAAUCAUUACAUUUGUGAUGCACGCUCUCAUUCAUGGAGUGGAUGUUUGACAGACCAUAAUAACAACGUUUAUCCAUAACGCUCUGUUCAAUACCCAACCUCACAGAGAAAAUCAGUCAUUUUAGCUCACAGUGACACAGCAGUUGAUUACCUACUGCUGCCUUAAUAACCAAGUUCAAAUGAGCAUUUUGUGACAUAAAUUCUUUUUUGUUUGAGUUUAGUCACAAAACAAAGCAAAGUGGGCAGCAGUGGACCUGCAGCGCCUGUGUGCUGUGAGCACUACAUAUCACUGAUGUUCCUUAAGGUCUUUGAUGUGGAACCAGCAGCAUCAACAUAAACUAAAUCUCAGUGAUGAUGUUUGGUACAUAGUGAAAUGUGCACGGUGCCUUAAACCUUUUUUAUUGUUUGCCGUUUUUUUCUCACAUUCCUGUUAUUAUAUGAAAACACUUCAAACACUCCUUUAUAUCAAAUAUGAUCUUCACAUGCUUCACACACACACCCCAGUGUAACUUGUAAUCUAUCAAAUAGUGUGUCUCUUUGUUUUGUGUAUCUGUAUGUGUGUGUGAAUAAGUAUCUUGCAUCAUAUUUCCUAAAAUAUUAAUACUAAUAAAUAUUCAAUUGUCAAAAAUA